AUGACGAGCACUCCAAGGGACUUGAGUUUGAGGGAUCAACAAAUUGAUGCCAUAAUCACUAUGCUUAAUCUUAAUGUCAAGCCCGAACCAACAUUUUCGAAUGCAUCUUUAGACAAUCUCAUGGUACCAACAACCACCUCUGAUCCAGUAUGGAAGGUUCUAAUUUUUGACGAAUUUGGUCGUGACAUCAUUUCUUCUGUUCUAAAAGUUGCUGAUCUUAGGGAUAACGGCGUAACAGUUCAUAUGCUAUUGAGAAGUGAAAGGCAUCCUAUUGCUGAUGUUCCCGCUAUUUAUUUCGUAGAACCAACUUCUGAAAAUAUUCAGAGGAUCAGUGAGGAUUUGGCCAAAAACCUUUAUGAAUCGUACUAUAUUAAUUUUUUGACUACUAUUCCAAGGCCAUUAUUAGAAGAAUUAGCUGCUGCUACGAUACCAAAUAACACUUCAACUUUGAUCUCUCAAGUCUAUGACCAAUAUUUGAAUUUUAUCGUUUCUGAACCGAAUCUCUUUUCACUCAAUCAACCCAACAUUUAUUAUUCACUGAAUGAUCCUACUGCUGCAGAAACUGCUAUAGAAAAUGCCAUAGAUCGUACUGUUAGUUCCUUAUUUUCGGUAUUAGUAACUAUGGGUGUUAUACCAAUUAUUCGUUGUCCACGAGGGAAUGCUGCUGAGAUGAUUGCACAAAAGCUUGAUAGUCGACUACGUGACCAUAUAUUAAAUUCUCGGAAUAAUCUAUUUUCUGAGAGUUCUGCUUCUUUAAAUUUUCAAAGACCUGUACUACUCAUUCUAGAUAGAAAUAUUGAUUUAGUUCCAAUGUUAAGUCAUUCUUGGACUUAUCAAGCCUUGAUUCAUGAUGUAUUGGAUAUGCAUUUAAAUAGAAUCGUAGUAGAAAUGGAAGAAAUGGGUCGUAUUAUCAAAAAAAGUUUUGAUUUAGAUAGUAAAGACUUUUUUUGGGCUAAAAAUGCUUCAAGUCCAUUUCCUCAAGUGGCUGAAGAUAUUGAUUUAGAAUUAAAUCGUUACAAAUUCGAUGCUGCUGAGAUAACAAGACUUAGUGGGGUAAAUUCACUAGAUGACGUUGAUCAAGCAGAUUUCUCCCAAAAUACUCAACAUUUGAAAUCGGCUAUUACUGCACUACCAGAACUUACUGCACGAAAGCAAACUCUCGAUAUGCAUAUGAAUAUUGCUACGUCUCUGUUACGAGGAAUUAAAGAACGUCAAUUAGAUACAUUUUUUCAAAUGGAAGAGUCCAUCACACGGCAAAAUAAAACUGCUGUUUUAGAUGCUAUCCGAGAUCCUGAGAAAAAAUCACCAGAAGACAAGUUACGAUUUUUUAUUAUUUACUAUUUGUCCGUUGACGAAAUUACGAAAGAAGAUAUGGUUGAAUAUGAAGCCGCUUUGCGUGCUGCUAAGUGCGAUUUAUCAGCGUUGAACUAUGUCAAAAAAGUACGUGAAAUUACCAGAAUGACUAUGAUGUCAGCGCCGGUUUCUCAAAGUCAAUCUAGUCAACUUUUUCAAGGAUUUAGUUCCAUAGGAAAUAAGUUGACAGAUCGUUUAAAAGAAGGUGGUCUUGGUGGUGGCUUCGAGAACUUAAUUUCUGGUGUGAAAAAUUUACUUCCGACACGCAAAGAUUUGACUCUAACGAAAAUAGUAGAGUCAAUAAUGGAACCAACUACCAGUGGCGCAAAUAAAACAGAUGAUUAUCUUUAUUUUGAUCCGAAGAUGACAAGAAGUUCCAGUGCUAAUAAGCAACCUAAGAAUAGAAUUGCUUUCCAAGAAGGAAUUGUAUUUGUUGUUGGUGGCGGGAAUUACAUUGAAUACCAAAAUUUACAAGAAUUUGCGCAGCGCCAAGCUGUCAAGAAGAAAAUUAUUUACGGAUCUACUCAGAUACUAAAUCCUCAUUCGUUUUUGCAAGAACUGGCAAAACUUGGUUGA